AUGAAAAUCCAAAGCGUAGUAUUGUUUGCAAUGGUAAUAAGCGUUGCCAUGUCUGGUCGGAUAAAGAAAGGGGAACUUCACAGACUCAAUGUCGAAACUGUGAAAUAUGAUGAAUUGGUCGAACUUCUUGAAGAACUGGGAUUUUACAAAAAGUCAGCUCACCUUGACCAAGUUCCAGAAGAGUAUAAAAUGGGACCAGUGGCGCCACCAAGUGGAAUCUCGUACGACGAUUUAGUUGCCGGGAACUUCAAAUUGGCACAUCUUGGUUCUGUGCAGUCAGAAAAACAGACUCAACCUGUACAUGAUGAAAUUUAA